CUUUGCAGAAUGUAACGCGGAAAACUGUCGCGGGUGGGCUAGCCGGGAUGCGGCGGUCAGGAGCAGCGGUGGCGCAUCAGAGGAGAAGCUACCACGACAACAUCGUCGAGCACUACGAGAAUCCUCGCAACGUCGGCUCCAUGGACAAGAAGGACAAGUUCGUGGGUACGGGUCUGGUUGGGGCGCCGGCCUGCGGUGAUGUCAUGAAGCUGCAGAUCAAGGUGGACGAGAACGGGGUGAUCACCGAGUCGAAGUUCAAGACGUUCGGGUGCGGGUCGGCGAUCGCGUCGAGCAGCGUAGCGACGGAGUGGCUCAAGGGGCGCUCCGUGGACGAAAGCUUGAAGAUCAAGAACACCGACAUCGCAGGGCACCUCAAGUUGCCGCCGGUGAAGCUGCACUGCAGCAUGCUCGCAGAGGACGCGAUCAAGGCGGCAAUCAAAGACCUCCAGGACAAGGGCGCCGUCGCCAAGCCGGCACAACACGCGUUAGCGGCAUGAUCAGAUUGGGUCCGGGUUGACGUUGCCGUCAACACGCCGUUUAGGAAGGGUGGGGGGGUGUUGUCCUUGAACUUGAACCAUUUUCUUUUCAUUAUUUUUCGAGGAGCACUGCCCACUGGGGGGGUAAGAUCUGACCCAUGGUGGGAGCGGGGGGCGCUGGAACCGAGAAGAAAAAUGGCAGAUUUGAGGUUGGCGGGGGAAGAGCUGCACGAAGAGAUUUCUGAGCUGUGGGACGAUGUGCAUCAUUAACUGGCCAUGGGAGAGGCUGAGAGAAGAGUGGAAUUGACGUAAGGACACCGUUCGGCGGGGUUUCGGCAACACGCUCAUACUCGGCAUGCAAGGCUGUUCUGUGUUGGCCAUACCCAGCUGCUGAACACCGGAGAGUCCGUGUGUCCUCAGGUGGUUGGCGGGGGUGGGUUGGAGAUCGGGAGGAAGGGAAAACUGUGAGGGCAGAAGGAGAAGGCGGCCAGGGAAGGGAGGAUGACGGAGGAGGAGAAGCCAAAGACCGUGCCAGCUCCGUGUUUUUUCUUCUCGAACCGUGAAGAGAGAUAAAAUGGGGUGAGAGGAGACAAAGCUUCUUUUUUUGCACGCGCUCCGCACCCGCUUUCCCGGUGCCGAGUGAAGAAGGAGACUCCUCGAGGGCAGCCAAGGCGAUAGGGAAGGCCAAGUUUUCGGGCUUGUGGCAUACGGACUACUUGCGGCUUCUUCUCUCUUGUUGUGUUUCUCGUAGCGUUGGCGGAAGCAGGAGCGUCGCGAAUUGAUCUUGUGUUUGGAAAUGGGGAGAUGAGUACGAUGAAUGGCCUUGUGCUGGGCGAUCGCACGGCUCGCCCUUGUUUCACGGAUUGCGGGCCCUUUCCGCUCGAGCGUAGCCUACGCACCCUGUCGGUCGAAGUGGCGACUUUCUUUUUUCCCGGCGUGGAAAAUGUUUCCCUCGGCCUUGUGACCAGUGACUGCCAGUCAUGGCGUUCUUGCAGUCUAACCACCGUGUCGCUGCUGCCCUUCACGCAACACGCUUAGAAUUUCGUUUGGCAGCAGUCCCGGGGUUAGCGGGGUUGGUGUUCGUUUCGCCAUCCGACCAUCCAAUAAAGACGUCGUCGGUUACGGAUGCGAGCCCUGUGUGUUGCACGGAAGAGCGUUUAGCGAUCACCGUUGUCGAAAGCUCAAGAUUUAGAUUGAUCGGCAUUUUUUCUGGUUGCAGAACCAAAAAAAUAUAUAUAUUUUUUUGCCUGGAGGAAAGAGAAUGAUGAAUUGUAUACGGUUGACGAUAUCCAUUGUUCCUUUGAGGACAGAGACGCGUUGUGUAUUCGUUACGUCAUGUGCAGAACAGUCACCGUUAGGGCACAAGCAAACGGCACAUGUGCGGGGUCGGAGUGAUUUGUGCGUAGGCUGUUGCUAAAUCGUAUACCCGAACGUAAUCGU